CAAGCCCGAGACACCGAGAGACACAAACACAUGGCGACGCCCAUGGAAGAGGACCCGCUGGAGGUGGCGGCGGCGCCGCCCGCGGACGUCGCCGGAGGAGGCGCGAAAGACGGGGAUAAGCCCGACGCGCCGCCCAUGGAAUCGGAAUCAGACUCUUCGGACUCCGACGACGAAGGGGACGCCGGCGACGAGCUCCGCAUCCAGGCCCUGGAGCGCGCUCUCCUGGAGCAGCCUCUCGACUACGAAUCCCACGUUCAGCUCAUACAAUGCUUGAGAAAAUCUGGGAAUAUCGAGAAGCUUCGUGCUGCAAGGGAGGAGAUGAACAAGUACUUCCCUCUCACACCAAAAAUGUGGCAGGAGUGGGCAAAGGACGAGAUCUCAUUGAGCUCUGGUCGUGGAUCUUUUGAUGAUACUGAAAAACUCUAUGAACGUGGAGUGCAAGAAUAUCUGAGUAUUAAGUUAUGGCGGGAUUACCUUGAUUAUGUUGAAGAGCAUGAUCAGUCAGUGUCACAGUGUUCGCAAUCUGGUCUCUCAAAAAUGAGGGAUUUGUAUGAGCGUGCAAUCACUGCAGGGGGUCUACACGUGACUGAAGGCAGCAAACUAUGGGAAGCCUAUAGGGAAUAUGAGAUGGCUAUUUUGACCAUAAGUGAUGGUAAUGAUGAGGAGAAGGCAAAGCAGGUUCAACGUGUACGCGCGCUUUUCCACCGCCAGUUAUCUGUGCCUUUGGCUGAUAUUGAAUCAACACUUGCUGCGCAUAAGAGUUGGGAAGCUGAAGAAGGCAAUACAAGGGACCCAGAUUCCCAGAUUGAUGAUGUUCCCCCAAAUGUUUUAUCUGCUUACAAAAAGGCCAGCGAGAUGUACACUGCACGGAAGCAAUACGAGGAUCAACUAAGCGACGCGGCUGAAUCCGAGGCUAACAAACUGCAAAUAUUCCUGAAAUACAUCAAAUUUGAGGAGUCUUUUGGUGACCCUGCUCGUGUCCAAGUUUUGUAUGAACGGGCCGUUUCAGAGCUUCCCGUUUCAAGUGACCUAUGGAUGGGAUACACGAGUUACCUGGACAGAACCCUGAAGGUACCUGCUAUACUAAAAAGUGUUUACCACAGAGCGACGAGAAAUUGUACAUGGGUUAGUGAUCUAUGGGUCUGCUACUUGCUGUCUUUGGAGCGCAUUCGUGCAUCUGAAGACGAACUGCGACAUGUCUUUGAAUUGGCCAUUCAAUGUUCUUUUCCAAGCAUGAACGAGUACCUCAAUAUUUAUCUUACUCGAGUUGAUAGUUUAAGACGGAGAAUGCCAACUGGCUUGGAUUUUGAACUGAUUAGGCAGACAUUCGUGGAUGCUGCUGAGUUUCUCUCACCACAACUAGGUAUUGAGGAGCUAUUACUCUUGCAUGCAUACCGGGCCAAAUUAGAGUGUAAUAUUGGCAAAGAUAUAGCUGCAGCACGUGGAGUUUGGGAAAAUGUUCUCAAGAAAAGCGGGUCUGUUUUGGAGGUUUGGCAGCACUAUAUUUCAAUGGAGAUAGAAAUGGGACAUACCCAUGAGGCAAGAUCACUUUACAAGCGUUGUUAUAGCAAAAAGUUUACUGGGUCUGGAUCAGAGGCUGUAUGUCAUGCGUGGAUAAGAUUUGAAAGGGAGCAUGGCACCUUGGAUGAUUAUGACCUUGCUAUAAAAAAGGUGACCCCUCGUUUGAAGGAGCUUAUAAUGUUCAAGGCUCAGCAGGAGGCUAAAUCGGACCCGUCCUCAGCCCCCAAAGAAACUUCUUAUGCAAAUGAUUCCUCUCAGAAAAGAAAGCCAAGUCAAAUGACCAGUAAAGUGCAGCCUCCUGCUAAAAAAAGGAAAGAUAAUCCACCUAAAAAGACUGUAUCAUCAGAUGACCACAGAUUGAAGGAACAAAGCGCAGACAGUCGUCGUCAAGAAGCAGGAGAGGUCAGCAGGGGGAAGGCCGAGGCGCCUGUGGAAAUGAAAGUUGAAGGUGACAGCAAAGGAGGAAAUACAAGUUCAAAUCAACCGAAGCCGUACGUCUACAGUGACAAAUGCACUGCCUACAUGUCAAAUAUAGACUUAAAAGCCACUGAGCUGCACAUCCGCGGUUUCUUUUCUGACAUUGGUGGCGUGGUAGACAUAAGGUUACUGAGGGACAGAUUCACGAAAAAAUCAAGGGGGUUGGCGUAUGUGGACUUUUCAGACAAGGAUCAUCUUGAGGCAGCCAUUAGAAAGAACAAGCAAAAGUUGCUCAGUAAGAAAGUAAGUAUUGCUCCUUCAGAUCCAAGCAAGAGUAAGAAGAACCGUGAAGCAGGCACUUCCGCCAAAGGCCAGGAUAAAUUGCCCUCUGGAGGUGAACAUGGUGAAAACGCGCCAGUUGAAGGUAGUUCAGGGAAGGAAAUGCCCAAAGGCGAGACGAAAAUCACAGGCAAGAACACAUUAUUCGCGCCGCGGGCUUUGGUUAAACCACUUGGAUGGAACAAGAAAGAUGAGAAACCAGAUGUUGCUGCGGAAGAGCUGAAGUCGAAUGAUGAGUUCAGAAACCUGUUGCUUAAGAAGUGAUGUUCGUAGGCAGGUUAGUUGGUCGGUAUCUUCACGUCCCACCAAGGACCUCUCUACCUUGCAUCUCCCUGUGGAACCUACCUCCCCGCAUCUCGAAUGAAUGAAUGAAUGAAUAUAAUGAAGUGUUAACUUGACCUUUAA